UAAAUUGAAGAAUCUAGUGGCAAAAUGAAUAACGAAGACAGCGAGACACCCUAUGUAUGUGGUUAGUAUCGGAGUAACCGCUGAUUAUGCUGUCAUGUCAAUUGAUGUGCGCGAGUUAUGGGUGAUUUCGAAUUCCGCAAAUCGUUUCUACUGUGUCUCGAAUGUAUUAUUGUCUUGAGUUCGAAAUUAUUCCGGAAUCUUACAUAGAAUGUAGUUGAAACAUAGUAGUUACAGCAUUGUCGCAGCAAUCUUACAGUUUACAAGGAUGCAUCUAUUGAGUAUUUUUCUCUCGCAAGCAUUCAUUAUUUUCGUGUACGCGCAAACCAGUCUCAUCAUUCGGGAUUAUUUUGUCUACAAAAAGGUAACUAGAGUAGUAGGAUUCUCCUGCGGAAAUGUAGAAGAUGAUUUUCUUACGAUGAAGUUGCUGACCGACGCCGGGAUGUCUACGGCAAUUAAACCUGCUGGCUUUCAAGUCAAUAUUCUGAGAUAUCUUGAUACUACACGUACCUUAGGUGUGUUUCUGGACAUGCGAUGUCCGAAUCAGAACGUCAGUAGCAUUUUCGAUGAAGCUUCGGCCUAUCGCAUGUUUGAUUAUUCAUACAACUGGCUGAUUUUGGGAAGUAACUUGAGUCACAGUUUGCAAAGCUUGAACGAUAGCGUCUUCAGCAUUGUCACGGAUUUUGUGAUCAUGUUAUCGGAUUCUCAGUCCGGUUAUAUUCUCUACGAUGUAUAUAAUCACUGCAAAAUGCGCGGCGGAAUACUCAAUGUUACGCAACUUGGUACUUGGAGGAAAGACAUCGGAUUCACGAUCGCUUUAAAUGAUUCGAAGAUUACCAGACGACGAAAUUAUCAUGGAUUGCGUGCCAAAUCGGCCGGAAUCGUACUGCAUAGACCGAAACACAUGACGCUGGUGGAUUACUUGGAGGGCGAAGGUCUUGAAGUCAUGGACAACUGGCCCAAAUUCGGAUACACUCUCCUCUCGCACGUCUCCGAUAUGUUUAACUUCACCAUGGAUCUUAUCGAGAUUAAAGAAUGGGACAAGAAUGACAGGAACGGCCCCUUGAUGAGGACCUUGAAAAGGGACGAUGCUGACUUGGGCUACUAUCCGUCCAUUCUGACGACUGACAGAUACAGAGACGCACGUGUCAUCUUUCCGCAAUGGCCCACGCGAACUUGCUUCAUGUUUCGUACUAUACCAGCGAUGAAGAUAAAAUCCUGGAUAAUACUGAAGCCAUUCGCGGCGAAUACGUGGUACAUGAUAAUUGUGAUCGUAGUAAUUAUCGUUCUUAUCUUAUCCUUCAUACUAAAACUGGAACACGCUAGUGACUAUGGUUACAGCAUUUCGGCAUUGAUCGCUGUCGCCGCAUUAUGCCAGCAAGGUUUUCCUUCUCUCACCGACAAAUCAGCCAGUCGAAUCGCGUUGAUUCAGAUCACGGUUUUCGGUCUGUUGGUGUACAAUUAUUAUUCGGCGGCGAUAGUGUCAGCUAGAUUAAACGAGCCUCUCCACAAGAUGAAUGACUCGCUUUAUUCGUUGGGGCAUAGCAAGAUGGAAUUUGCGGCUGAGAAAAACAUUUACUUUGACUUUUUAUUGCGGAAUAAAAGACCGGAAGUGCAAUACUUUAAGCACAUUUGGGACAUUAUACCGGAAUCAAAAAGAUUUAUCACGAUUGAGGAUGGCGUGGAAAGAAUAAAAAAGGGAGGCUUUGCAUACCAUGCAGAUCCGGAUGAUAUUUAUCCGUCCAUUGAACAAGCGUUUGACAAGCAGAUGAUUUGUCAACUCACGGAAGUUCAUCUACUACAACCCUCCGAGUUAGGUCUGUGGUCCAAUCUUAAAAGUCACUUUCACGAAAUCAGUAAAAUAGCAUUAUUGAAGAUAUCCACCUCGGGACUUCGGCGACGAGAAAUACGCCGCCGAUCGGCUAGAAGACCUUAUUGUCCAAAUGAUGAAGUCUUCGUCUCCAGUGUAACUAUUUACGAAGUGGCGCCAAUUUUGUUUCUUUUGCUCUUUGGAAUGAUGAUUUCACUAAUUAUAUUUGGAGUCGAGCAACUUGUCUUUUAUACGAUGCAUUCGAAACAAACACUUGACAUUAAAACCCAUAAGAAAAAUAAGACAAAGGAGAAAACAUUGUCCGAUAAAAGUACUCUGGUUUUUCCAAAAACAAAUCGUUUCUUUCACAAGAUUUUAAUGAUGAAGCGAUAAGACAUAAAUAAAAUUGUAGACAAUA